UUGUUUUGACAUCGUUGUGAACAGUUGUGAAAGUUUUGUGUAGUUCAACGAUAUUGCGUUGCAAUCGAUUAAAAUAAUUGCAAAAAAUCUAUAGCAAUAAACAAUCGGAAAAGGAAAACAGUUUCGAUUGAGCAUCCAGCCAAUGGCUGUUCGAUUUCAAUCGUCGCAGAAAAGUAAUCAACCUACGAGAAGGACGAUUCGCGAUCGUUGAAAUAAGGACUUCAAUAAUACUUCAUGUGAUGCAACUCGGCGAGGUUAUGUUGUCGGGUGUGACGUCACCGUCGUGAAAAAUCAUACGAUACUUCGUACUGUGCGCUGAUUGGUGGAAAGCAUCGGUGAUCUGAUGGUGUUUUGGUGCCGCGCGCCACCCCGCAUCCACGAGUUCGGUUGUGUUGCUCUCGUUUCAUCAUCACUGGAAGAAUAUUGACCGCUGUGGAAAAAAUAGUGCUGGAAAUAGUGAUUUCUAAAUAGCAAAAUAAAUUUUAAAAGAGUGCUCGGUGCAUUUGAAACUAGAAGGUAGCGAAAGUUUAUAAGCGAAGAGGAUUGAAAAGAGCCAAACGUUAUUUUAGAAUGGAUGGAAGAGGCGGCUGGGGUGUCUCCCAGCCCGGAGACCCCAUAGGCAUGGAUAUCGGGGAAAGUGUCCUCAAGGGUGACGAGCUGGAUAUCAACGAUAUUGGUGAUAUGUACCAACUGAACGAAGAACGGCUAAUGAUGAUGAUAUGUGGAGAUUUUCUUGAUCAGGAUAACUGGCAGGACACCGAGAUGGACCAACUGGCAUUUAGUUCGACCUGCAAGCCAGCGUUGAGUUCAUUGGACGAAACUCCGCUAUUGAACGAUAUUAAACAGGAAGAUCCCAAUUUGCAUAAAAACAACGCUUAUCCGCUGCAACCACAGCAAUUCUAUAACGAUCUUGUUUCAAGCGACCCGAUGAUAUCGGUUAGCAGUCCUGGUUCGAAACAAAAGUUAUCCCCGCAGCCGAUGAGUUCUACUCCCACGGUCAAACAGGAAUCGAUUUUAAUUCAUCAACCACCAGUGACCGUCACAAGCACGGCUGCUCCUACAAUUGUCGCUCCAAAAAUAUUGACCCAAAACCGCACUAAUAUUGACGCCAACGGAUCCACAAUUGUGCUACCGAAUGCCGGAACGCGCAACGGUUACUCCUACGUCAAAUCAAUUGCUCCGGCCGUUAGCGCACCCACAACCACUCCAACAAACAUUCUCCAGAAUAUUCAGCCGGCUAAUGCACGCGUUCGCAAUCUUUUAACCGCAAAAACAACUACUGUUCCGACAACGACCGCCACCGCCAUCCCGGUGAUGCAGCAAGUUUUCACCUUUCACAGCGGAGACAAGCAAGUCCUGCUGCAAGCGAAUCCAGCUACCGUGGUGACUACCAACUCGCAGAAUAUUCAUACCCUAGUGAACACCCCGAACGGUCCAUUUAUAACUACCGGAAUCCCGUUGGUUUUGGACACAUCUGAAAAUCCCGGAAAGCUUCAGAUCAAUCGUCUUCAGCAGCCGGGUCAUCAGUCCUCCAGUUCGCAUGGCAGCCCGCAACCGAAAGUGAAAGAGGUUAAAAGAUCCGCUCACAAUGCCAUCGAAAGGCGCUACCGUACCUCCAUCAACAGCUGCAUCAUCGAACUGAAGAACAUCGUCGUCGGUCAUGAUGCCAAACUCAACAAAUCCGCAAUCCUGCGGAAGGCUAUCGAUCACAUUCGCCACCUGCAGAAGCAAAACAACACUCUCCAGCAGGAGAACGCGUAUCUGAAGCGGACGAUGACCAAUCAGAAAAAGUCGCUCAAAGACCUGCUGAUUUCGAAUGUUUCCGACGAAAUGGUCCCUGUCCAAGGUCAGAUAACGCCACCCCGAAGCGACGAGUCGAAUUCAUCCUUAUCACCGUCGCACAAUUCCGACAACUCGAUGCCACCGUCACCGUUCGGAACGAAUUCAUCCACCGGUAUGGACGAAUCCCAGCACGAGGAAGUACUCAUGUCUAGCGUUCGAGGAAUGUCGGCUCAUUCGCGUUUAACGCUGUGUAUGUUUAUGCUGGCCGUUUUGGUUAUUAACCCGUUUGGUAGCUUUCUGUCACGCAGCACAGGUAAUGAGGAACUCGAUCCCGGAACUAGCCGACGCAUUCUUGCAGUAGAUGAGCCGUUUUUCUCGUGGAGCAGUUUCACGUCGUCGAUUUUAAUCUUCCUGCUUAAUUUGGCGCUACUCGCAUUCAGCUUAAUCAAAACACUCGUCUAUGGAGAUCCGAUUCUGCCGGCACGGUCCAAAGCAUCCACGGAAUACUGGAAACACAAAAAGCAAUCCGAUUUGGACUUUACCCGUGGAAACAUUGCAGCAUCACUACAGGAAGCGAAACGUUGUUUAACCGCUUUUGGGGUGUCCAUUCCGAGCAGUCGGUUGGAAACUGUAACGACAACCUGUUGGCAGUUUACCCGAAUGUUUCUGCAUCGUAUCUACAUCGGACGGUGGCUGUCCCGUCGUACCGGCGGUCUCUUUAAACCGGAAUCCCAACGGAUGGACGCACUGAAUUCGGCCAAAGAACUUGCCCUGCUGUUUCAUCGACUGAAUCAACUAUAUCUGGUAUCGGAUGAACCGGAAGUUAAUGGUUUGAUGAUGUCGCUGUAUGCGGUCAAUAUGGCGGAGGCAGCUUCCAGUGUGAUAUCGCCGGAGGACUUGAUAGAAAUUUACAUAACGGCUGCGCUGCGAGUGAAGAAAAGUUACCCAAGAUACAUGCACUACUAUUGCCGGUACUAUUUGGCUAAAGCGAAACAGGUUUGCAGCGAGUGCGAUCGGGUUCCCGGUAAAUUUGGUUGGGCGUUCACUUCCUACGGAUUCCGGUUUUUGACCAAUCACGCAGUUCGCUUCGAAGAUCAUUCCGAGUCGAUGUUUGCCAUGCUGGGGAAUAAGGCCGAUCCACUGGAGUACAUGAUGAGGGACUACCGUGAGAAUCUGCUGCAGAAAUCGAUCCAGUGUUUGGUUGGUUCCGGUCAGAUCAAUCGUAAGCAUGCCAAUGCAGCUUUCGCUCAACAGUCGCAGGCUAUUGCCGCAGCAGAAGUGUCCGCAGCCGGGAAAGAUUCGACAAAAGAUGAUCAGUUGGACAAUGGCAAGGGUUCGACUCCGGCAUGUUAUCCGUAUUCGGGAUGUCAGAUAAGCAACGUGCUGCAUUUUACCCAACUGCUGCUGGACAGUCUGAGUGUGGAAAAGCAUCCGGUAACCUUUGAUCGGUGCAUUCUCAGUGGGAACUGCUGUCAGGAUCGAUUGGCCCACUGGUGGUCAAGUUUGCUUAGCAUCGCCGCCUAUUGGCUGCUCGGUGAGGAAGGUGAAUCGGAGCGGUUGUAUUCCCACAUUGAGAAUUUGCCACCGGAACUGUCGAAGGGAGAAGAUACGUUGCCGAAGGCUUUAUUUGCUGCUUUCCAGGCUAAACGGGCUCUUUUGAACAAACCACACUACGAUUCGGUUGCCGUUUUCCAGAAUUGCAAUGCCGGUAGCCAAUUUUUGGAAGAUAGUUUGACUACCAACAUCUGCAAGAGUCCGAUUAGAUUGAAAAUGCUGGCUCAAUUACUCGCCUGUGACUGGCUGCUGGAAGCUCGCACGGCCCUGUGGGAAUCGGACAACGAAAAAUUCCAAAGCCAGUGUGGGGACUACGUCCCGGUAUCCGGAGUCGUCCUGGCUAAGUUCCAGAAAGAUCUGAAUUCGCUGCGCAUCGUGACAAACGAUAUUCCGAACGCCCAAUCGCGCCUCUUCCUGUACGAAGCCGUCUGUCGUCUGAUGGCCGGUGCAGCUCCGGGACCGACGCAGCAGCUGUUGGGACAUAGUCUGCGACCACGCUACUCCCGGGCGUCGAUAAUCUGCAGCGGGAAAGAUCGCAACGCCCAGCUGGAGGGAGGCCGGGAACGUGCAGCCGCAUUGUAUGUGGCCUGUAAGCAUCUGCCGGCACCCUGUCUGUCUUCGCCGGGUGAGCGGGUUAGUAUGCUGCAUGAGGCUGCGAAAACGUUGGAGAAAAUUGGCGACAAGAAGCGACUGCUGGAAUGCUAUCAGCUGAUGCGGUCGCUGGGCAGUGGCACCGUCACGAACUAGAGCGAGUAUGCUUGUUUGCCGGGAGAUUGAGGAAUGCUGACACUAUUGCUGAUUUGAGUAAUUUCAAUUAUUGGCUUAUUUAUUGUUGUGUUUUAUGUUUAAGCUAUCUCUAAGAAGAAACUUGGCGCUUUGAGCGCAGAUUAGAUGCUAGUUAAACUUUUUAAUUUAAGCAUUUGCGACAGAAAGUAGGAUAAGUUUAGUAUGUAAAAUGCUUCUGGUUACAAUAAAUGUUUGUAAAGUAGUAGAAAA